CACCUGAGAAACAUAGCUGAGCUGGAAAAACUCUACCUGAGCCAGAUCAAACCUGGUCAGAGAGAAAGACAGCUCAUUACUUGCUGAAGACAAAAUGGAGAAGAUACAGAGAGUGAACCGGUGGAGCUCAUCCAGGUUGGGAGCAAGGCAUCAGUGGGCCAUCUGAAGAAUGGAGUUUCUCAUCUGAAAUUAAAGGCUCGCCAGAAUUUUUUAGAGGACCAAAGGAAGUUGUCGCACUCUCAGCAGAACUCAUCUCACAGUGCAGCCAAUCAGGGGAUGGACAGCCUGAGACAGAAUUCCAAAGUAACCGUUCCCAAACCGUUUCACAUGAUGCUUCGUGAAGAGGAUCGCAAACGACGCAAUUUGAAAACCUGCUCUGAGAUGGAACUAGAAAACGAGAGACUGGAGAAUGAACUGGACGAGCUGAAAGAAUGUAGCAAGAAGCCGGCCCCCGCCUCCACGCAUUUGUUUUUCUAUGACAUAAUCAAUAAGCACCCAAAAAAGCUCCAGCUACAAAAAAUUCAAAUCAACCAAAUGGAUCACGGUCACCAUGGAAACCACCACAAACAAGGCUCCCAACACCAAACUCCUUCUCUUCCACAACAGCCAUUUAGCUUCAUUGAAAGAGAGCGAAAGAAAAGAGAGAAGAAACUAGUGGAUGAGCUAAACAACCUAACUCCCAAAGCAGAACGAAGGGUGUUUAAAGCCAGACCUGUGCCGAGGUCUCUAUAUAGGCCCAGCUCACCAACUUGCCAGAUAUACGAGGCAGUUAAUCUGAAUCACAGAGGCUCAGCACUGCCUCCUAGCAUUCUGGAGGACACACUGCAGGAGGGAGAGGAGGCCGAGAAUGAGUAUGAUGAUGAAUUUUCAAGGCCACAGAGCACAGAUAUAUCACGCUGCAGCAGCAAGCUCAGGAAAUGGAAGAACAAGGGUGCACUGCAGGUGGAGGAAGAGAUGGAGAGAAAGAGGAACAGAGAAAGAGACAGAGACUGGUCCUACAUUCAUCCCCUACGCAGGACCAGCCUCUGCCACAGCCAAGAACCCCUGAAUACCUGCAAGAGUGACUACAUCAGUGUUUAAAUACUGACACAGAUACAGUAAAC